UAUAAUUAUUUUUUCAAAGCAAUGUCAAAAUAUUUUUUAAGUUUUUUCUUUCUUUUAAAAUUAUUUUUAUUUAUUUAUGCUCAGUCAUCAACAGAUAAUUCAACUGGUUACCAAAUGAGUAUUUCUGAUUUAAUUAAUAAAUUACCAAUUGAAGAACAAAUGGAACUUCAACAAUUAUUAGCUGGAGGGGAAAAUUUAACUAAAAGAAUAUUUAAUGAACAAUUGGAUAAUUGGGCAAGUAAACAAUCAGAAUAUUUUUAUUCUUGUUAUCAAGAAAUGGAACAGGGAUUUUAUGAAGCAAAGGAAAUAUUGGAUGAAAGACAUGAUCAAUUAAUGUGUAAUCAAACUGCGGAAGUUAAGGAUGCCGAUAAAAGAAUUAGGGAAAUUAACAACAAUCAAGAUAUUACAAUGAAACAAGAAAGUGACCAAAUUAAUCAAGUAAUUAAUUCUCUUCCACCAAUUGUUGCUCAAACAGUUAUUCAAUUAGCUCCAUAUCAAGCAACAAACUCUAACAACAACAAUGCUAACACAUAA